CUGGCUGUGCCUCUCCCUGCACCUGUCCCACUGCUGUCCCCAGGUCUGUCUGCUCCUCUGCCUGAAUCUGACUUUCUCUGCCUGUUGCCACCUGCCCCUCCAUGUGUCUCUCUGCCUCAGCAGGACUUGCUCUGUCCCUUUGAGCCAGUGUGUCUGUUCCUAAUCUCUGUUUGGGGAUGUGUCUGGCUGUGUCCACCUGUCCAUCUGCAUUCAUCCAGGAGCUUGCGAGAGCCUCUCCUUGCCCACCGUUUCUGAGUCUCUUUCUUCGCUGACUGCCCCUCUGCCUGUCUACCACUCCCUCAUACCCUUUCUGUCCCCUCCUGUUGUCUGUCCUUGUGCUGUUUCUUCUGCCUGCCUGUCUCUAUUUGGGAUUGUUUCUCUUCCUAUUUCUGUCUCUCCUCCUGCCAUCCAUCCCAUCCCACUGUAUGUCUGACCCCUGAGUCAGUUCCGUCUGUCCCUCUCUCUAGGAGUGGAUCUACUCCCUUGAUCUUUCAGCCCAUCUCCCCCACCUCCCCCGAAACCUCUGUUUCCCUCCAUGUGGGUUCAGAUGAAGGGAGGCACACCUCCCCCCGACUUCCCCCUGCCCAGAACCAGAAGAGGGAAACUGAAUUAAAGUUAAAACUUUACAGGAAAAAAAAAUCCGCCUGCCAGAUGGGGCCCGGGCAGUGCUGAUUAGCCGCCGAGCAAGCCCGGCGGAGUUGAUUGGUCAGAGGGCAGGGGAAGGCAGGGUCUGGUUGAGCGGGAGCCCUGCCGCCCGGCGGGGUCCCAGAGCCCUAGUUCUGAGUUGCUGCCGCUUCAAGAGCUGAGAGGAGCAGGAAGGAUGGAACUGCAGGAUCCAAAGAUGAACGGAGCCCUCCCUGGGGGUGCUGUGGACUACAGGCAGGAGCACGAGGGCUUCCUGCCCAGCCAUAGUCCUUCUCCUGGGAGGAAGCCAGCCCAGUUCAUGGAUUUCGAGGGGAAGACAUCGUUUGGAAUGUCAGUGUUCAACCUCAGCAACGCCAUCAUGGGCAGCGGCAUCCUGGGGCUGGCCUAUGCCAUGGCCCACACAGGGGUCCUCUUCUUCUUUGCCAUCUGCCACAGGGCCCUGCUGCUCUGCAUCGCUCUUCUGUCUUCGUACUCCAUCCAUCUCCUGCUGACCUGUGCUGGUGUUGUAGGCAUCCGAGCCUAUGAACAGCUGGGACAGAGGGCGCUGGGGCCUGCGGGGAAGGUAGUGGUGGCCGCGGUCAUCUGUCUGCACAAUGUUGGGGCCAUGUCCAGUUACCUGUUCAUCAUCAAAUCCGAACUCCCCCUGGUUAUCGGCACUUUCCUGGACAUGGACCCUGAGGGGGACUGGUUCUUGAAGGGAAACCUCCUCAUCAUCAUUGUCAGUGUGUUAAUCAUCCUGCCACUGGCCCUCAUGAGACACUUGGGCUACCUGGGGUAUACCAGUGGUCUCUCUCUGACCUGUAUGCUAUUUUUCCUCAUUUCGGUCAUCUAUAAGAAGUUCCAGCUUGGGUGUGCUGUAGGCCACAAUGAGACAGAAGUGGAGAGGAAGAGCCCCCCAAGCCUCAACACAAGCUGUGAGGCCCAGAUGUUCACAGCUGACUCACAGAUGUUCUACACAGUGCCCAUUAUGGCUUUUGCUUUUGUCUGCCACCCUGAGGUGCUGCCCAUCUACACAGAACUCUGCCGGCCCUCCAAGCGCAGAAUGCAGGCCGUGGCCAACGUGUCCAUUGGGGCCAUGUUCUGCAUGUAUGCACUCACAGCGACCUUUGGCUACCUGACCUUCUACAGCAGCGUGGAGGCGGAGAUGCUGCACAUGUACAGCCAGCAGGAUCUGCUCAUCCUCUGUGUGCGCCUAGCUGUGCUGCUUGCGGUGACUCUCACUGUGCCAGUCGUGCUGUUCCCUAUCCGCCGGGCUCUGCAGCAGCUGCUCUUCCCAAGCAAGGCCUUCAGCUGGCCACGCCAUGUGGCCAUAGCCCUGAUCCUCCUUGUCUUGGUCAACGUCCUCGUCAUCUGCGUGCCAACUAUCCGGGAUAUCUUUGGGGUUAUCGGGUCCACCUCAGCCCCCAGCCUCAUUUUCAUCCUUCCCAGCGUCUUCUACCUCCGCAUUGUACCCUCUGAGGUGGAGCCCCUCUACUCGUGGCCCAAGAUCCAGGCUCUGUGUUUUGGUAUCCUGGGGGUCCUCUUCAUGGCGAUCAGUCUAGGUUUCAUGUUUGCCAACUGGGCCACAGGCCAGAGCCAUGUAUCUGGACACUGACCAAGCCCUGCUCCGCCUGGGCCCCCGUGUGCAUGUGCCUGCGCACGUGGAGGAAGAUGGGGCUGCUCACCCGGGUCCCUCCUGCCUGGGGUGUGGAGGUGGCUGGUUCCCAUCAACAUGGCUGUUGGAGGAGGGGGCUACAGAGGCUGAAGAGUGGUCCUCUCCCUUCCUCCCCAGGGGAUGCCGAGCUUGGAUCAUGGCCCUAACCCCAACUCCAGCCCCAUGGGAGGAGGGGGAGGCCAGGUCCUUGGGGAGCCCCUGCCCAGCCCAGUCUUUUCUGCCUCCUCCUGGCAGAAGCUGUUUGUCAGGAUCACCCUCGAGCUAAAGGGGAAGAAUAAAGAUGCUGAAUUGCAA